AUGACCCACAACACCACCACAGAACAUCGCCGAAUAAUGGGAGCAACUGCCGUACUCCUGACAACUUCAUCACUGAGACAGCUCGCCUUGUCAUGCAAGAAUCUCACAAAACUUGACCUGGCAUACACUACCCUUAUCCAUGACAACAUGAUUGCUGAAACCGGUGAAUACGUAUCGACAUUGCAACACUAUGCCAUCCAGCGUGACCUUACUCAGAUACCUAUCACAAUCGAAUCGGUGAUUGAGCUCUUGGGACUUGAAUGCAGCCAUCUAAAGGAUAUCAGUGUGCAGCGGUGUGAAUGGGUAACAACCAAAUUGAUAUGGCUUAUGGUCAUGCAUUGCCCUGUCCUUGAACGUCUUGAUGCCCGACGAGCUGACAAAGGUGUGGUUGUCAAGAAACUUACCCUGGAUGUUCUGGAAAAGCCUCGAUCUUCUUCUACGCAACGGCAACAACAAGAACAACAGCAACAGCAUGAAAGUGAUGAUGACCUAUCGCCACAACCUUUCGAGGAGGAUCCAUUUGUGCCCAAUGAACAACCCAAUGACGACGUUGCCAAUCCCAUGGGGAUUCAGAUGAUCGGCAGGCGUAUCCCAGACUUCGAACGAAGGAUGGUUCGGAUAACAUUGCGACUACCAACCUUCUAUCCUCACACCUUAAACAACCAUAUUAAUUUUCGACAUGAUAUCAAUCGUUUGUUACAGCAUUAUCGUCAACAACCCGUCCACAUCAACAACACCGAACCAGAAGAAGAAGACAUGCACACAUCGCCGCCAUAUAGCUCAAACAGCGAAUUCAAUGAAAGCCAAUCAUUGAAGGAUGUCGUCUAUACCAUCAUCAAGGAAGCCAAGGAACUAGGAACAAGUGACCUUGACUGGUUCAUCCCUUGA